CGCCGUCGUCCUCAAGCCCUACCUAGCUAGAAAGAGGAGAAUGCGAAGAACCCUAAUCCAUGGCUUCUAAAGUCGCCACUGCCGCGGCAGCCACGGCUAGGAGGCCGCCAAGCAUCGUGAGGGAGAUCUUCUACGGCCUCGCUCUGGGCCUCUCAGUGGCUUCUUGCUGGAAAAUGUACCACAUCAGCUACAAGCGCCGUGUCCGGGAAUUUUACGAGGCUCUGGAGCGCGGCGAGAUCACCACGGUUAUCAAGAAGGUCGAGGAGGUACCGAUCGAGAAGGUCAUGGAGCUCCUGGAAGAGAAUUGAGAGCUAGAGCAGUGUAAAUUUCCCAAGAACCCUAAAAACAAAUUCGCGCA